AUGGAAGUCGAAGAGCCAUCCAUUGUUAAUAAAAAAAAACAUUCUAUAUCAACGAUAUCAUCACCAGAACUUAAUGAUGUUAAGAACAAUCGGAGUGAUAAGAGGCAUAAGAAAGACAAUUUUCACAGUGAUGCCUUAGAAUCAUUGGAAUUACAAGUUACCCCUACUUUAGGUAUUUCAGAAUCAAUGAAUGCAUCUUCAUCUAAACCUGAAUACAUAUCUGAAGACUGCCAAGCUAUUCAAUCUAGUGCAUCGCCAAAAGUUUCUUCUCAAAAACUUGAGAAAAUUGAUAUAAAUAACACUAUAAAUAAAAGACGGAAUUCUGAAAUUGCAACACCUUUCGCAUCCACGCCAUCAUUCAAUUGCAUGAUUCAAUCAUUGGAACAUGUUUUUAAAUAUUUGAAAACGCAUGAGCUGUUAUCAGCUUCUAGAGUAUGUACCGCCUGGCAUAUAAUUGCAAUGAAUAAACUCUUAUGGCGGAAGGUUUGUUUAAAAGAUUGUAUGGUCUAUGACUGGGAAAGGUUUGUAGACACAAUUAAUCAACAAAGAACUGAUACAUUAAACACUAGACCAAUGAAAAGAGCAAAACAGUUAAAAUGCAUUGAAUUGUAUAGAUGUCCUGUCCUUGUUGUUGAAGAUAUUAUUUACUCAUUACCUCAAAUUGAAGUACUUAAUGCUACUUCAAUAAUGAAUCCAAAUUUUAUGAAAGAGAUAAAAACUCCCAAUGAUUUAAUGUACCUAAACUUAAGUCAUUUGGGACAAAUGACAAAGCUUACAGAGUUAAGACUAAAAGGUUUAACUGGAAUAAAAUUGACGGCAUUGCCAUCAUUUGAAAAUUUAAUAAAUUUGAAUAGAUUUUCAUUAACGUCUAUUAAAGAAUUUCCAAAAGAGAUCUAUCAGAGAUUGAAUACUAUUACUGACACUAUUGAGUUUUUGGAAAUUGGUGAUUGCAAAUAUUUAACAAAGGAUUUUGCCGUGUCACUAAAAAGAUUCAUCAAUUUGAAAACAUUGAGAUUAGAAAAUUGCUGUAAUGGAUGGGAUCAAUCUGCACAUGACGUUUUUACUGUCAUUAGAGGUCUUAAAAAGCUCAAUGUUCUGGAAUUGGUAAACAUAGAACUCAGUAAAUGUGUCAAAGAGGAAUUGGAAAAAUGUGAUAGUAUUAAGGCUUUCUUGAUUAUUCCUAAAUAUAAGGAUAGAAUUGGAACUGCUAUCUAUCACGUGGUUGACUGUCUCGAGAAACUCUCCAAGACAUUAACACACUUGGUUUGGUUAUUUCCUCAUGAUGUAGUUCGUGUUGCAGAAUUAUUUAUAAAUACUUUUCGUAAGAUGCGUACUUAUUAUACAUUAAAAUCAUCCCAUACCAAAGAAACGACCAACAAUAUACCUGAGCUCAGAACAAGAGAGCCCCGACAGCGACCAGGAGAUGAGGGCACUGCUGAAAAAGAAAAAGACAAGUCAGAUGGUAGUGUUGAUAAACUUACACUUGAUGAUCUAUGGAAACUGUUAAAUACUAUGAUGCCUGAUGCUAAGAUUAAGAUAUUUACAGUUCCCUCUUAUCGAACAAAUGUUUAUUUAAAUGAACUGUUUAAUGAUCUUUAA